UAAUACUGCUCUUCCUGAAUAUGGCGGCGUCCGUGAUUGUAGGGACUGUGCUCGGUCUCCUGGUUGUUGUCGGGACUCGGGCAGAGGACACAGCGAGUACAGAAGAAUUUGACGUUAAGCCAGGCGGUGUGGAGUACACAUAUACCCGGACACUGGGAGGCCUUUCAUGCAAAUUUACUUAUGCUGCUCAGGGAGGAACUAAUGAGAAAUGGCAGAUGACCAUUGAGAUGAAUGAGGAUAGACAAUAUUUUUCCUGCUCAGUAUGGAGGCCUAUGGGAACAUCCUAUUUAUUUUUCCUCAAAUUCAAAGCAGAAGUAACAGGAGGAAAAAUAGAGUUCUGUGAAGCUUAUUCUCAGGAAAACAAACCAUUAAAGAAAUCUGAAUAUGAAGUAACUGAUACUGCAGUAUCUGACAGACCUGGUUCCUUUUCUGCAUCUUUAUUCAAAUUAUUACUCGUGGCAAAGAGUGACCGGGAAGAACUGUGAAGCAAACAGCGCGAUUCUGAAAUAAGAAUUAUAAUAAACAUUAUAAAUAAGCAGGUGGCUUUUUAGAUGGACCUGGAUUUACAAAUCCAAGCAGUACAUUCCUCUGAUUGUUUCAGGGACUUCUUUUUGGAUACAAGGACCCAGCUUUAUCAGACCUGAUGUAUAUUGUAUUUGUAUGGUAAAUGGUGUUUUUUUAUUUUAUUUUUUACGCAUCUAUCUAUGCCAUUCAUUUGUACUAAAAUAUACUUCCUGUAAUAAGUAUUCUACCCCUUGGAAGUUUGCAGAGAUUUGUUUUUUUACUUUGGCAUGAAAGCGUUGUAUUUGUAUUCACUGUAGAAAAAAAAAUGACUUGUUCGAUGACGACAAAUGUAACCAUUUCCAAGGGGGAUAGAAGCUGUCUGGUAAAAAAUACAACUUCUGAAUGUAUCCGUCUUGAAUGAAACUGUCCUUUCUGGGGAUAUUAUACAGUAUGAUCACUUGGGAGUUUGUGGGAAUUAAAAUUUUCUUUUUUUCACUAAA